AUGCCUGGAGCAACUGAAGCUUUCCAUGCACUAUGGAACAAUUGUUCCUUGGCAAUUGCCAUAGUUCUCACCAGCUAUAUGGCACUGGUUCAGCGUCUUCGGUACCGCCGCAUGGCAAAGAUCGAGGCCCCAUUCGUCAGUGGCGGGAGGCCAUUAUCAAGCAUGACAGUCGAAGAAGCUCAUGCAAUUAUUACCCAAUUGCAAGAAAUGGAAUUUCCAUAUGCAUUUGCCAAGGCUCGUCGAAUGGCGCUACUAAAGGCCGGUGGUAUUCCGACUAUGUCGAAGCUUUUUGCCGUUACUGGCCAGAACAACAGGCGGAACGCGGGUAGGCGCGCUGUUGACACGGAAGUUCUGUUGCGAGAGUCGCAGUCCCAGCCUCGAAAUUCGGACCGUUAUGCAGCAGCCGUGGCGAGAAUGAAUUAUCUCCAUGCCCGCUACCGCCGCGCCAACAAAAUUACCGAUGAUGAUCUUCUCCACACCUUAGGUGAUGGUCUUGCCGAGAUCUUGAAUGUGAUUGAGAGAGAAGAGUGGCGUAAGCUUACGGAUGUUGAGAAAUGUGCCCUCGGCAUCUUUCACAAGAACCUGGGCGAGGAUAUGGGAAUCCCAUUUGAUGCGCUUCCCUCAAGCGCACAAGGCUGGAAAGAUGGCCUGCACUUCGCGUUAGAACUGCGCAACUGGACAAUCCACUAUGAGGAAGAAGUCGCGCGAUCGGCCGCAACAAACGAUCAAUACGUGCGAGUUUACGUGGAUUCUGCGCUUCCCGGCUUCGUAAAACCAGUGGUGCGACAGAUGUUGGGUGCUGACUUGGAUGAUAUCAUGAGGACAAGCCUUGGUCUCGAAUCUCCCAGCCUUCUCCUCUCCAUUGUGCUGGGCCUCGUCCGACAUUCACGAAAGUUGGUCCUUCGAUUUUUUGCACUUCCACGUCCCUCUUUCCUGGCCGUCAAGCUCGUGCAUGAUACGCCAAACCCGGAAACGAAUCUGUACAACUUCGAAAGAAAGGGCCUGCAACCAUGGUACGUCCGACCCAGUCUCUGGUCCAAAUGGGGACCGGGGGCGUUGUUGGUUAGAAUAUUCGGAGGCAAGGUGCCGGGUUCGCGCGGGGACCGGUAUCUGCCACAAGGAUAUGACCUGAUGACGAUAGGGCCGGAGCCACAGAAGGGAAAAGGAUUGGAAGAGAUGAGCCUUGACAUGGAGGUCAUCAAGGCGCGAGGUGUAGCCACAUGUCCGUUCUCGCAGGCAAAAUCUGGUAGCUUCAAAUGA